AUGGUGUCCAUCAGCAGCCGCCGCGUGUGCAGCGCCGCCGCGGUGGUUCUCGGCCUGGCGGAUGCCACCGAGACGCCCACGGAGGUCGCGGGCUGCUACGUCCUCGAGGACGAUCGCGGGGCAACCGUGUGGUUCUCGCCGGGGCCGCACGGCCUGGGCGGCGGCGCCAAGCAGGCCGCAGGGCGCCUGCUGAGCCCUGUCUGCGAAGCGCAGGGCACAGAUGCCUCCAGCAGCGCUGCGGCCCCUACUGAUGCCGAGGGCGAGCACAGGGCAGCUAGGAGGUCCGCCGCCUCCAGCCUCAAUAGAACCGCGCGGGCGAGGGCGUCGGGGCCACAGGCGACCACCACCACCUUGCCCUCGACAUCCGAGCCCUUGGAUUUCGGGACAGCAUCGGCAGCGACGAGCUCCAACAGCAGCGCGCACACGCUCCCGGCACCUGCGAAGCGCCCCGUCGCUCUGGCAUGCCUCAAGUGGCAGCCGGACGGAUGUGCUGCCGCGCAGACCGUCGAGGAGUGCUCCGCGAGCCGCGAUGGUCGCCCGACGGACCCGUGGAGCGAGGCCAGCACCAACGGCCAGCCCUGCGUGUGGUGCGGCGGGGGGCCGUGCGUGCGCGGGGGCCAGGCCCUGUGCGAGGCGUACGACUACGUGGCCAAGAGCGCCAGCGUCGACCCUGCGCUCGCGGCGGCGGAGUUCUCCGUGGCCGCGUGCCCGGAGCCCGAGUCUGUCAAGGCGCCGUCCCUCUUCUGCUUCGCGCUGAUGCUGCCGUUCGGUUACGAGCCUCAGCUCUUGCAGGCCCAGCUCGCGAAGGGUGUCGGCUUGUUUGCGUGUGCAGAUUAUCUGGUCUUCAGUAAUGUAACGUACGACCUCAGCAGCGACAGUUCUCGCAGGGUUCUAACAUUGCCAAUCCACGGUGACCUGGAAGUUGAGUACGGGGGCAAGUGGUACACCGCCUUGAACACGGAUAUCUUUGUCCGUGUGUGGGACGCUGUGUCCAUGGUCGGCAGGUACCAACAAAAUGAUUGGACAGUGAAGGUAGAUCCAGAUUCGGUGUUCUUCCCCGAUCGGCUGCAACAGUUGUUGACGCUCGAGCCGAUGGUCGAUAUGUCCCAGUGGGGCACGAAUCAUUCCAUGGGAGCCGCGUGCGGAAAAUGCAGGGAUCCCUCCCGCGAGAACAUGUCAUGCCCAGAGCACAUCCAACGCUUGCAGCGUGAGGGGAGGACCUGCGGGGAUGCGCGGCGAUUGGCGGCAAGGGAACCGCCAGUCGAUUGCGGUUGCGACUGUGGAGACCUCGCAUGCAAUGUGUCAAGCGCGAGCAUGUAUUUGAACAAUUGCGAGUUCCAGCUCCACGGACCGAUCGAGGUUCUCUCACGGAACGCCGUCGCGACAUACAUAGCGGGCUUGCGCAAGUGCGAGGACAUCCGCCGACAGCCUUUCGGCGAGGACAAGUACUUGCGACGAUGCCUCAAUAGGCUUGGCGUCCGCAAGGAGGACCAGUUCGCCCUGCUGGAUGAGCUCGCAUGUGGUCAGCAUCCGGUCGUCUGCACCUCGGCACACGUGUCGUUCCACCCGUUCAAAGACAUAGAGGCUUACUUCCAGUGCUGGAACCAAGCGGAAUCGUACGGCCAGUGGCCUUGA